AGUCAAUCCUCUUUGAUCUAUUCCAUAGAAAAAAUCAUUCAACGAAAUUUGUAGUGACAAGAUGAGUUUCUUGCUGAUUAUUUCGAUUUUUAGGCAGACAAAACUUGUUACACCUCUUCAACAUUUAGUAGCAAAGUGUGGGUAUGCAGCACCAGGAGGAGCUCUGGGAAAACCGAAAAAAGGGAAGAAAGGUACUGCGGGUCCUGGGAAAAUCGUUCUCCCAGUGGAAACAGAUCCCCACAAACUCGUAAAUUACGUCUGUGGCUCGAAUAUCUACAAAGAAGGUGAAGACAUUAAACUCAAACCUGAAAGUGAAUACCCGGAGUGGCUUUUCACUGAAAUUUGGACUGAGAGACCACCGAAACUCGAGGAACUAGACCCCAACACUAAAGCCUAUUGGAGAAGAUUGAGAAGAAUGGGGCUCAGGAGGAACAACCUUUUAGCAUCUCACAAAUCAGCUAAAACAUCUUACAAAAUAUAAAUAUAUCAUUAUACACGUAAUGUUCUUGAGGAAAAUAUAUAAAAAUAAUUGUUAUGAUGUUUGAAAAUUGAAUUAUAUUUUAUUGAAUAGUC